UAAAGAAACUAAUAAUGUCACAGAGGAAGAAGAAGAUGUUUCCCUUCCUGCGGUCAGUCAGAGACCCCGCUCCUGAGAACAUCCACAUCUCCUCUCUGCCUCCCAGUGUUCCCACAGACCAGGAACCAGAACAAACUGGAGGAGAAGCCGAUAACAUGGAGUCAGAGAAAGCAGUGAUCCAGACCACACACACACACAGAGUGACUGCCCCCUCGGUCUUCCUCCAGCAACAAAAUAAUGAGCCUGUUUCAGAUACUUACUUUGAGCAGAGGGUCCCUGUUCCUGAGGAGGACAGCGAGAGGGUGUUUAGUAUCCGUAAGCUGUGGGCCUUCACUGGGCCGGGGUUUCUGAUGAGCAUAGCCUACCUGGACCCGGGUAACAUCGAGUCUGACCUGCAGUCUGGUGCUAAAGCUGGCUUCAAGCUCCUCUGGGUGCUGCUGUCAGCCACCAUCAUCGGUCUGCUGCUGCAGCGGCUGGCGGCUCGGCUCGGCGUCGUCACAGGGAUGCACCUGGCCGAAGUCUGCAACCGCCAGUACCACCCGGUGCCUCGUAUCAUCCUGUGGUUGAUGGUGGAGCUGGCGAUCAUCGGCUCGGACAUGCAGGAGGUCAUCGGCUGCGCCAUCGCUUUCAGCCUUCUAUCCUCCGGCAGGAUCCCGUUGUGGGGUGGUGUCCUCAUCACGGUCAUCGACACUUUUGUCUUCCUCUUCUUAGACAAGUAUGGCCUGAGGAAGCUGGAAGCCUUUUUCGGUUUGCUCAUCACCGUCAUGGCCAUCACCUUUGGAUAUGAGUAUGUGAUGGUGCGUCCAGACCAAGGCCAGCUGCUGAAGGGGAUGUUCAUGCCGUACUGCGAGGGCUGCGGGCCCGUUCAGCUGGGUCAGGCCGUCGGCAUCGUGGGAGCCGUCAUCAUGCCUCACAACAUUUACCUCCACUCUGCUCUUGUCAAGUCUCGAGAAGUGGAUCGGUCGAACAGGAGAGAUGUAAAAGAGGCCAACAAAUAUAUCUUCAUUGAGUCGACCAUCGCGCUGUUUAUCUCGUUCCUCAUCAACGUGUUUGUGGUGGCUGUUUUUGCGGAGGGUUUCUACGGACGCACAAACCUCGAGGUGUACAGCGUCUGCAAUCAAACAGGAAGUCCUCAUUCACAGCUUUUCCCUUUGAACAAUGAAACUCUGGAGGUGAACCUCUACAAAGGGGGAGUGGUGCUCGGCUGUUUCUUUGGCCCAGCAGCGCUCUACAUCUGGGCCGUGGGGAUCCUUGCAGCCGGGCAGAGCUCCACAAUGACUGGAACGUACUCCGGCCAGUUUGUCAUGGAGGGUUUCUUAAACCUGCGCUGGUCGCGUUUUGCUCGGGUGUUGUUGACCCGCUCCAUUGCCAUCACUCCCACCCUGCUGGUGGCCAUCUUCAAGGACGUGCAGAACCUGACGGGCAUGAAUGACUUCCUCAACGUGCUGCAGAGCAUGCAGUUGCCAUUUGCCCUCAUUCCCAUCCUGACUUUCACCAGUUUGCCAUCUCUCAUGAAUGAGUUUGCCAAUGGAUUAGUGACUAAGAUCGGAGGAGGACUCGUGAUCUUGAUCGUGUGCGCCAUCAACAUGUACUUCGUCGUGGUCUACGUGACCGACUUCGACAGUGUGUGGCUGUAUGUGCUGGCAGCUUUCCUCUGCAUGGCAUACCUGGCAUUUGUGGGAUAUUUGGUGUGGUUGUGUCUGAUAGCUCUGGGAGUUUCCUGCCUGGAUCCGACCACAAUGAGAGGGAACGACACAACCAUCCUGAUCGACCAGCAGCCAGAGUUUGACUCCUGAGUCACUUAUGGACCUUUUCAAAAGUGCAGCUGUGAGCAACCUAAUGGACCUUUUAACUGUUUUCUCUUCCAGCACAUUUAGUCUUCUUAAAUGCCAAUUUAUUAAAAAUAGAAGUUCAGAAAUUAAUGUAAUAUAUUUUUGUAUUUAGUAAUCAAGAAACUGAUAUUGUUAAUGUCUGUAUCUUUAGUGACGGUUCAAAUACUGAUUUUACAAAACAAUUAAGAUGAGUUUGGCCUAAUUGACUGGUUUACAGGUGUAAUGAAGUUUUACUUUAACGCUGGUUACAUUAAGAGUUAACUAUAAACCUGAUAGUUGCUUGAUAGAGUAUAUGGAAUGCUUCGUUUAAUGCCCGCCUUAACAGUAGGAGAACUGAACACUGAAAACAAAACGUUAUACAUUGCCUCACUACAUCACCUCCCUGUCUUACAUUAUAUCACUCUGAAUUUAUUAUUAUUAUUGCAAGGCACGGUGCACCAUGAAGGUCACUUUCUAAACUACUAAACAAAAUACGGUUAAUUUAAUUAUGAAAACUCUCAAUAAACAUGAGAAAAAUAAGGUAAUCCACCAGAUAAAACUUAACAAAAAUAAAUCUUUGUAUGAUGAUGGAAAAGCACAUAGAUUUUUUCAGUGCUUCCCAGCAGAAAUAUAUGUUUAUUUACUAAUAAUAUAAUUAAUUACCCAGAUAAUUAAUACCUGGACCCAGAUAACCAAUUAAAAACACAACAGCUUCCUGUUGCACCAUGAGAUAAGAUGACACAAUAACUGUAAUUUAUAAGUGUGUAACAUCUCUCGACAGCCAAAUAUAUAAGACUUUUGCAAAUGAAAAACUAACACUUUUGUUUGGGGAAACUGAAUUCAAUGCACUUUAAGCCUCAGUGCAGUCUCCCUUUUGAACACAGGGAGGCGGUGCAGGCCACCAAAGACACUCCUCAGAUACAGUAAAUGUCUCACUGCCAGAGCUGAACAACAUAACACAACACACUAAAUGACACGGUGUGUUACAUCACGUUUUAUGACUUACAUCCCGUUUUAUGUUGUCGUUACGGCUGCACAGGAACAGCACUCUUGGAUCAAACAAGUUGAAUAUAAUUAGCUGCGGUGAUUUGACUGCUAUAUUCCUGUGCAUUCACUUGAAAUUUGACAUGCCUGAGGUGUUGGUAUGUCUGAGGAGUUGCAACUAUUGUGCAACUGCAAGCAAGCACUGCUGGUUUCAGUGUUCCUAGAAUUCCAGCCCUGAAGUGCUUCGGCAUUUGCAAGCCCAGGAGAGAGACAGGUUUUUCUUUGCAUUGUGGCGGGGAACUUUUUUUUUUAUUUUUCCUGUCAUGGAGGCAGAGUUAUGUAAGAGAGGAGAGUCUUCCCACCGCCCCUCUCUGUUUUUGUUUUUCUCAAUGAGCCAAUGUCUCCCUGCCUAGGCCUCACAGCCUGUCCAGUAGGCCCCUUUCCUGGAAACAUAGCCUAGCAGAGGCCACUCAGGGGCCUGCAGAGGUG